UUUACUAUUAUCACGUUGGUUACAACACGUGUGUACAUUUUUGGUAGUAAUUUUUUGGUUUAUCUACACUAUUUCAUUAAUUUUAGUGUUUUCAAAUUUAGCAAUAUGUCAAUUGUACAUAAAAGGCCUUUGAAAAAGAUACAAUCCUCGAAGAAGUUGUCUGAUGACCGAGAAAUUCGUAAAAUUCCCGUGCCAUCGCAUCGCCUUACUCCACUUAAAGAACACUGGUUGAAAAUUUAUACUCCUAUCGUUGAACAUCUCAAGUUGGAUGUCAGAUUUAAUAUAAAAUCAAAAAAUGUUGAAAUCAGAAAUCCACUUCCAGAAGAUACUAUAGGCUCCCAACAUUUACAAAAAGCAGCAGAUUUUGUUCGUGCAUUUGUAUAUGGAUUUGAUGUAGAAGAUGCAUUAGCAUUGAUAAGGCUGGACAAUCUGUUUGUUGAAUCAUUUGAGGUAAAAGAUGUCAAAACUCUAAAAGGUGAUCAUUUAUCACGUGCUAUUGGAAGAUUAGCAGGAAAAGGAGGACGUACAAAAUUUACUAUUGAAAAUGUCACAAAAACCAGGAUUGUAUUGGCUGAUUCAAAAGUACAUAUUUUAGGUUCUUUUCAAAAUAUUCAAGUAGCUAUGCGAGCUAUUUGUAAUCUCAUUCUUGGAUCGCCACCUUCUAAAGUUUAUGGACAAUUACAACAAUUAUCUAAAAGCAAAGUUUUAUAAUUAUGUAUGAUUGAGAAAUAGAAAAUAAAUAAACCAUUAAAUACUGUAAAAAAAAAUUAGUUUUUAAUAAAGUUCAAUUUAAUAACA